AUGUACAGCUAUGAUGACACUUUCGUUUACAUCUCACACGAGGUGGGUAAAACGGUCAUCUACAUGGUGGAGAUCCUGAAUAGAGUGCAGCCCCUCAGUCUAAGUUACGGCACCAUCACUAGAGAGUCACCUGUAAGACUACUGGUUGAGUGUCGGUAUUUACCUGGAUCUGUGAUAAGUGUGGGUUAUCUGGUGAAAAGCCCCUCCCUCAGACCUUCUAUCAAAGCUCAAGGGGUGUUUGGAGUUCAGCUCAGGAUUGCAAAAGAUGAACACUACAAUGAUUAUUACCCUCAAUACCACCAGCCCCUGCAUAUGCUGCUGGGAAAACCCCUUUACCUGGAAGUGUGUCUGCUAAAUCCUCCAGACCCCACUGCUAUGCUGCUGGUGCAUUACUGUGUUGCAUACCCACGCUCUGCAAAAUAUGCCUGGAUCCUUAUUUAUGAUAGGUGGCCAAAUUUCCUUGACCAGACCCCAACCCACAAGCCUCGUGCUACACCUACAGUGGCCCCGAUCAAUCAUCUUAGACGAUUCACAAUCACUACAUUCCAGUUCCUGUCUGAAGAUGCCAAUCUGCAGACAGACGAGGAGGUAUUUAUUUUGUGUUCAACUGAGGUUUGUCUGCCCUCAGAUGGUCCAUGUGUUGAGGGCUGCUUUGCAGGUGAGUGUCAGCCAUUGCACUUCAUUCAGCAGUAUGCAAUUACAGCCAUAAUUUAUGGUUUAUGA